CACAUACCAUCAUCCCCAAACUCCAACCCACCAAAGUGAGCACCUACAGGUCGUCACCGACGGUUCCUGCAUGUAACGAAGUCGCGAGUUUACAGGAUAGAUGCAUCGGCUGCGCCGCUUGAUCACCCACGCUCACCCCGCAUUUCCGUCUCCUUCUUCGGCAGCUUUGCCCCAGCGCAGAGUAUUCCACCGUACAGUUCAACGGCAUUCCAGAUCUGCAGCCACAAUGACUGCAAGCGAUUCUACUCUACGGGAUUUCUUCAAGUCACCCAAAUAUGCCGUUGUGGGAGCAAGUACCAACACGGAGAAGUUUGGGUACAAGGUCUUCCGGUGGUACGUGACCCACAACCUGCCCGCGACGCCCGUCAACCCGGGCGCGAAGGCAAUCGAGGUAGACGGAAGGGCGUACCCGACCGUUAGCUCACUUUCGGAGCUUGCGGGAGCAGAGGACACUUCUGUCUCCGUAAUCACCCCCCCUCAUGUGACACUCAAGACGCUCGAGGAGGCCAAGCAACUGGGCAUCCAGUCUGUGUUCUUGCAACCUGGGACAUUCAAUGAUGAGGUCUUGGCCUUUGCGCGCGAGAACUUCCGGACGGUGCUGGCAGGCGACGGCGGCUGGGGCUCGGAGGGUUGGUGCGUGCUGGUUGAUGGCGAGCGAGGUCUCAAGUCGGCUGGAAAGCUCUGAGGGUUCUAGCACUUCAGUGCGCUUGACACAGUAAACCUUUACAUUCGUCGCACAGUCUACCAUCUGUGUGCGAGGAGACAGCUGCAGUGUACCGUGUAUGGACAACGAAUGGUUACCUAAGUUAGCUUAGUCAGCAGCUGCAAUGACGUGAAUGCCAGUCACGUGCUGCCGCGGAGGCGCCUCCUAUCUAAGCAGCGAACGAUCAUACCUAAAAUAUACUACAGUAAGCG